UCAGCGCAACUUAAAUGAUGACGUUAAACAAUUGUUUUAAAGGGCCAGCCGGCCGGCCGUCAACGGCCCUUGAGGACCGGCCGUUCUGUGGUUCUCCAGAUUCUACAGAUGGCCAGUCCGCCCCUGCAGCCAGGUAUGUGAGCUUACUAAAACUUGUGCAAGAGCAAGAACAUUUCCUCUUCGGGAUGGUAUAUAAAGCAUUGUUGAUUUAGUACAGGUCCACCAAGACUCAAAUAUGAAGACUUUGGUUGCUGCAUUGGCUCUUUGCCUCCUCUACCUGCCUGUGUACCAGGCACUCAACCCUUAUCUUUGGACAAACAUUGACAACAAAAUUGAAGAGAUGGAGGCCAGACUGACAAAGACUGAAAAAGAGUUGAUGGAUCACAAGCAGAUGACCGAGAGCCUGAAGACCAAACUGAAAGACACUGAGAAACAAGUAGAGGAUCUGAGGGCAGAUCAAGCCUUUCAAGGUCAGCAUGUGGCAUUUGGAGCAACUUUAGGCCCCAUUGGAGAUGUUGGACCUUUCAACGCUGACAUCACACUGACCUACAAGAAGGUCUUCACAAACACCGGCGCAUACAACCCUGGAACAGGUAUUUUCACUGCUCCUGUCAAAGGAGUCUAUUACUUCAGCUUCUCUGGUCAUACUUUUUCAUCUAAACCAAUGGGGCUGGGCCUGAUGAAGAAUGGAGAGCAGAUGGUUAUUGUGUACAACCAUGCAGCUGGAAACCGCCAUGAGACGGCAACCAACGGCUUGACUCUGCAGCUUGAAGUGGGAGACCAGGUGUACAUGAAACUCUGGAAGAACACCUGGGUUCAUGAUAAUCAGAAUACCCACAGCACCUUCAUUGGUUUUCUGUUAUUCUCUCUGUAGUGGUCUGCUUUAUAACCUGAAGUUAGCAAGUCUGGAAUGAUCUUCAAAAAUUCUAGAUAAAAUAUUUGGAUCUUUAGCAGCCACUCUGUUAGUUUUCUCUCUUAGCUGAUUUGGUGGUGGGACAAUUUUAAUCAAACACUAAAUAUAGGUUAAAAGAAAUCCCUAUUAUAAGUGUGCACAUUGAAACAUUAAAAACUUAGAAAAGUGUAUAUUCAUUGAGUAAAUGUUUGCUGUAUAAACUGUUUCUAUUAAUAAAGCUACACAUUUAAAGCAUUAAACCGCCAUUUUGUUUAAUUUGUAAUGAGAUAAAAUCAUCACAUAGACUUAAUUGUAAUUAAAAUGCUAAACUUAACUUACUUCAAAUGUAACUUGUUCCUCUGUCAACUUCAUAUUAUACCAAUUUGACACUGCAGUGUAAUUUGGAAUAAACUGAAAGAUGUUUAUUAA